AUGUUUAUCUCCCCCGCCAGCCGAACUUCUCUGGACCAGGUAGACCUGGAUAAGGACACUGAGAUGUUUGAUUCCCGUCGCACAUUUCCACAAGGAGGUCUUUGGAACGUUUGGAAUCCCUUCCUGUUGAAGAUCAGACAGGGUGAGCCGUUCAGAGAUGUGAUGAGGAGGAUUCAGAGCAUGCUGGAAAUCCAGGAGAAAGAGUUUGAGAAGUUCAAGUUUGCGAUAGUGAUGAUGGGCCGGCAUCAGUACCUCACUGAGGAUGAGUACGAGGUCAACCUGAAAGACUUCCAGCCACAGCCAGGUAACAUGUCCCACCCUCGACCCUGGUUAGGCCUGGACCACUUCAACAAAGCCCCGAAGAGAGGUCGCUAUACCUACCUGGAGAAAGCUAUCAAGAUCCACAACUGAGCAACUCUCCUCUUCCUCUUCCCGCUUCCUCAUCCCUCCUCCUCUCCUCCUCUCUCUUCUUCCUCCUCUCUCUUCUUCCUCCUCUCUCUUCUUCCUCCUCUCUCUCUCUUCUUCCUCCUCUCUCUCUCUUCUUCCUCCUCUCUCUCUCUUCUUCCUCCUCUCUCUCUUCUUCCUCCUUAACCCACCAUAACCACAGACUGUAACCAACCAAGUGUCUGUGCCCCACCUCUAACACCUUCCACAGACAGACACCGUGUCUCCUGUCACACGGAUCCAUCCCAUCCAUCCAUUAGCAGGCUGCUGAUUGAUGAUGAUGAUGAAUACUAUACCACCCCUUCCACCCAAACCCCCUCUCCCCCUUCCUCCCCCCACCACCGCCCUUCUACUGUUUUUGAGGCUGUUAGGUUUUUGGCUUCUCUAACUCCGACUGCCUAUUUUUGUCUGGAUGAAAGAAAUGAAAUUGGAGAAAGGACAGGAAGAUGAACUUAACUUUUUCCUGGUUUAUUUUGUUUUUGUUUUUAAUGAUAAGAGUUGUUUCAAAACGUAAAGAGCGCUGCUGCGUAUAGUGUGUGUGGGGGGGGGGGGGUGACGAGGCAGAGAGAAGAGAUAGACGACAUCGUUAGCAGAAACCAAGAAGAAUGAUUUGGUCUUUUAAAGAAGAGAACCAGUUGCAGAAAGGUUGAAGCUUGAGACUAGUAAUUCCUGAUGUGAUCCUCUUCAUAUCCCCCCCCCCUCUUCUCCUUUAGUCAACUAGUCAAAGUGUUUCCAUCUUUGAAAAAAUAAAAUAAAAUCAGUUUUUGUCUUUUUUUCUGCAAUAUUUCUUGUAUAAUAAAAUAAAAAAUCCACAGCAUCUGUUUAAAAUAAAUGUAAAAAGAGAAGAAGUGGUCUGUACUUUCAUCUUGCACGCUGCCACUCCAUAUCAAAGCCGUUUCUCACGACUGGUAAAUGGCAACUUCGCUCCUACUUAUGGUUUCAAUGUUGCCCUUCCUCUCCUCUUCUCCUGCCCUGUUAUGUUCCCUCCAUCCCUGAGGGUUUGUGAUGGGCUGUACCUCCUCUGGUGUUUUGUGUUGGGGGAGUUUGACUGAGGGUUUGUGAUGGGCUGUACCUCCUCUGGUGUUGGGGAGUUUGACUGAGGGUUUGUGAUGGGCUGUACCUCCUCUGGUGUUGGGGGAGUUUGACUGAGGGUUUGUGAUGGGCUGUACCUCCUCUGGUGUUGGGGGAGUUUGACUGAGGGUUUGUGAUGGGCUGUACCUCCUCUGGUGUUGGGGGAGUUUGACUGAGGGUUUGUGAUGGGCUGUACCUCCUCUGGGGAGUUUGACUGAGGGUUUGUGAUGGGCUGUACCUCCUCUGGUGUUGGGGGAGUUUGACUGAGGGUUUGUGAUGGGCUGUACCUCCUCUGGGGAGUUUGACUGAGGGUUUGUGAUGGGCUGUACCUCCUCUGGUGUUGGGGGAGUUUGACUGAGGGUUUGUGAUGGGCUGUACCUCCUCUGGGGAGUUUGACUGAGGGUUUGUGAUGGGCUGUACCUCCUCUGGUGUUGGGGGAGUUUGAUUGAGUAGUGCUGCUUUAGUAGGAAGUUUCGGCCAUUAGUGAGCCCUCUGGUUUCACCAUAUAUACACAGAACCAGUGUCACUAUAAUUAUUAUUAGAACAACAAACACACUGACCUUUUUUCUUAAGCACAGAUGGAAUGCCCCCCCCCCCUCUCCCUAAAAGCCCAUCAUAGUUGGCUUUGUGAAGAGAUUUGAAAUUGUGUGUAUAUAUUAAAAAAAACACAACAAAAACACAUGUGAAAUGAGAAACGCAGAACGAUGUUAUUGGUUGGCUACAAACUGAGAAGAUUCAGGUGUUCAUAUUUCUUGUGUAGUUUGUUUGUUUUUGUUUUAGGGGUUCCUUGAUUCUUUAGAUUCUUGUUUUGGUUCUGUUUUUGUUUUAGGGGUUCCUUGAUUCUUUAGAUUCUUGUUUUGGUUCUGUUUUCUCCUGUUUUUUGUUUUAACUAACGGCACCCGUUGGUUCUGAUAGUGAUGUUAAGGGUUAAGAUAACGAGCUGCGCUACUGACCGGUGGGAUUAGGGUUCAGAGAUGUUAACUUUUCCCCCCCCAAAAACUCCCAGGUUUUCCACACAUCCCAGUUGGAGGAUUCCAGACUACCUGCGUAUUACUCCUCUGAUUCAGAGGAAUCAUCCAACAGGGAUUUCUGGGAAAACCCAGGGAAUUAUGGGGGAAAAGUUACUGGAGUUUUGUCACCCUAGAUGAUGAGAUCAGGGCCCGUUAUCCACAAAGAGUCUUUGAUUUAGGAGUGCUGAUCUAGGAUCUGUCCGUACAAGCUUAUUCCUUUACGAUCUAAAAAGGCCAAACUGCUGCUAGACCAGCUCUACUAUCCUGAGACUCUUGGUGGAUACGGGCCCUGAUCAACGCCCUUGUUUCUCCUUGAUUGGGUGUGUUUCCAGUUGAAGCUCGUCCCUGUAGCAGCAGUGUACCACAACUACUCCUGUAUAUUGCCUUUUUUCUUUUUUUUGCUGGAAAAUGUAUGUUGAAUAAAAUUUUCUAUAAAAACA